GUCGCGCCACUCUCAAUCUCUCCCCAUCUCUCUGUCUCUGUCUCUCUGUGUAUCUCUAGCACUCGCUUAAACACAAACAGACGUUUCUUCUUCUAUAAACAACAAAACCCUCUACGCGGCUCUCCUCUGUUCGGUUUAGCUUCUGCACAUUUUGGUCUUCUUCUAGAGUCUCACUUUCUUCAACCCAAAACCCAGAACCCAAAAUGUCAAUCUUUAACUCAAAAAAAACUGCUUCUUUUCCUCUCCCUUUUCCUCUUCAUCGCUCUCCCCUCCGGAAACACUCACAUUUCUCACACAUUUCGAGGCAGAGGUACUCUGUUGAAGGGUUUUGGUUCUGUUCUUGUCCGGAAUGUAAUUCUGAUGAAAAAAAUUGGUGCUUUAUGGUUUGGUUUUGAAUUUUGUUGAUUUGGUUUUGGUGUUGGUGGUGAUGUUGAGAGAGAUGUGAUGACAAUGGAUACAAGAAGGUCUCUUGCGGAUGAGAAUCUGCAGAACUCGUCUCUGGUUCUGGCGAAGGAGAGGACUCGCAGGAAGGACCCUCUUGAUGAUUUUCAUAAGUACACUGAUGGAUGGAAUAUCAGCAAUGAUCAUUACUGGGCUUCUGUUGCUUGGACUGCGGUUCCCUUCUUUCUCAUUGCUGGUCUGUGGUUCGUGAUCUUUGGGCUAAGCUUGACACUUAUUUGUUUCUGUUACUGCUGUUGCCCAAGAGAGCCUUAUGUUUAUUCGAGAACAGCCUAUGUGCUCUCUCUCAUCUUCCUUAUCUUCUUCACUGUCGCGGCAAUUGUUGGAUGCAUUGUUCUGUACACUGGUCAGGCAAAGUUUCACAGCGGUACAACAAAGACACUCGAUUAUGUCAUGAGUCAGGCGGAUACAACUGUUGAAAGCCUCCGGAAUUUGUCAGGUUAUCUUGGUGCAGCUAAGCGGACAGGAGUUGACUCCGUCUUUCUGCCAUCAGAUGUUCAGAGUAACAUUGACACGACUAUAACGAAACUCAACUCUGCUGCCUCUAAACUUUGUAAUACAACUGAAAAGAAUUCAAAUCGUAUAGAUGAUGGAUUGGAUAGCGUAAGACUGGCUCUCAUUGUCCUUGCUGCUGUUAUGCUCUGUAUGGCCUUUCUUGGAUUUUUAUUCUCCAUUCUGGGGAUGCAGGCUUGUGUAUACUUCUUGGUGAUUAUUGGGUGGAUUCUUGUUGCCGGCACAUUCAUUUUGUGUGGUGUAUUUCUUCUCCUCCAUCAUGUGGUUGCAGAUGCAUGUGUUUCCAUGGAUGAAUGGGUCCAGCACCCCACUGCCUGUACUGCUUUAGAUGAUCUACUCCCUUGUGUGGACAAUGCUACUGCUCAAGAGACUUCAUCACUCACCAAGGAUACAACCUACAAACUUGUGAGCAUGGUAGACAAGGUCAUUAACAAUAUCUCAAAUCUUAACAAUCCACCACCCCAACUUGGACCGUUAUAUUUCAAUCAGUCUGGCCCUCUAUUACCUGUUCUUUGCAACCCAUACAACACCGAUCUCACUGAUCGCAAGUGUGCCUCUGGUGAGGUGGGACUGCAGAAUGCCACACAGGUGUGGAAGAGUUAUGUGUGUAAAGUUAAUACGGCAGGCAUCUGUAUAACUCCUGGACGGUUGACUCCCAUCUUCUACGACCAAAUGGAAGCUGCAGUAAAUGUGAGUUAUGGUCUGUAUACUUAUGGUCCAUUCUUGGUUGAUCUGCAAGACUGCACAUUUGUCAGGGACACAGUCACCGACAUAAGUAAUGGGAAUUGUCCUGGCCUUCGAAAACAUAGCAGCUGGAUCUACAUUGGGCUGGUAAUGGUAUCUGCAGCAGUCAUGUUAUCGUUGAUCUUGGAAAUGGACCUGUUAUCAUGCCCGGUAUGCUAUGAACCGCUAAUUCGAAAAGGCCCAACUGGUCUCAACUUGCAAGCAAUAUACAGGUCGGUUUUCGAAUGCAAGAAAUGCCACCAGUCUUAUUCAAGCAAUAUACAGGUCUGUUUUUGUGUGUGAGAGAGAUAAUAAAGCCUCUCUAAGAAAGUUGAACAGCACCACCCAGAGCAAGCAAGC